UCUCAAACAUGUACAGUACCUCUAAGAUUAAGUACAGUAAAAGCAAAAUGUACCUCUGAAGUAUAGUGGAGUUAAAAAUUCAAAAUAUAUCUCGUUACAUUCCACCGCUGGUAAUCUAGCGCGUUGCUAAGCAGCUAGCAUGUGAUGAGUCACUUCAGGUGACAGGUGCUAAUCGCCUCUGAUCCUCCACCUGCUCCUUCACCUUAAUGCCUGCAGGGUUCAUGUAGAUCCAGGUCUCUAACCACGGAAUGUAGGCUAAUCCACACACACACACACACACACACACACACACACACACACACACACACACACACACACACACACACACACACACACACACACACACACACACACACACACAGGCAGCAUUAAUGAGAUUACCCAGCAAAGAGAAGGAAACUGUGAGGCAGCGGAAUAUCAGCUCUCCCUUUCAGUGCAGGUAGCCUUAUCUCACACACACACACACACACACACUCACAUGAAUGCAUAUUAUAAUAGAGAGAGAGGCAGACAGGUGUAGCUCUUCUGAAACACAGAUGGAGAUGAAACUGAGCUGCAUGGAAGUCUGAGCGUGAGAUUAGGACUCAGUGUGUGUGUUGGGUUGUUGCAUCAUGCUGCACACAGGGUGUGUGUGUGUGUGUGUGUGUGUGUGUGUGUUGGUCCUCAGCUCUCUCAUUAUCUCAUUUCUAAACUCAUAAUAUUUUACACACAAUUCCCUUUAGAAAUAUGAUUCUGUGAACUGAGCAAAUGACUGAAUGCUAAAGCUGAAACGGCCACACUGACACGUCUGCUCUGAUUGGAUCGUGGCUGUGUAGGGGCGGGGCUUAUUGACCAGUCUACUGACUGGAAACAUAUUGAUUGACUGACUGAAUGGUUUGAGAUGAAUUUGAGAAAGUGAGGAUACACAUAUAAUUUAUGUGUCUUUGGCUUUCUCUUUUUUUUCAAAAUUCAUUAUUAUUUUUUAAUUAUUAUAUAUUUAUUCAUCAAUUUUAUUUUCUAAUUUGUCUUUGUGUUUGCUUAACUGCAGAAGCAUGUUUGCCGUUCUAUAAUCAGUAGCAUGAGAACAAGGCUGUUAACCUGAAAUAUGUCCUUUUCUUCUACAGACUGUUUGUAGAUUGAGGUUUAUUUUUAUUGAUUACAAUAUUAAGUGUUUGAAAUUAGCUUUGAGGAUCUUCAGACGUGGCCUACUUCUGUCACUGGCCUAAUCAAUAGAGAUGAUAGAAGAAGAAGGUGAUGCUGCGUGCUGAUUGGCUGAUCCUCCGGGCUCCGCCCCCUCAGAUAAGACUGAUAAAUAUCAGACGGAACACAUUCUACAACCAGUCCCCUCACAGAACCCGAUUUUACGACCGGAAUCUGAGCGUGUGAACGCACCUCUGACUCUACACUCUGUUGGGUCCGACUGUGCUGGUUCUGGUUUCUGGUUCUGGUCUGGUUCUGUUCUGGUUCUGGUAGAUCAGGUUCAGGAUGGAGCUGAAGGACUUCUGCCUGAUAGACUUUCACUGCAUCAGUCCACAUCGGUGAGAAACUAAAUCCUAUUUUUUUAUUCAUGUUUUGGGGGUUUUAAAUGGAGUUUCAGUAGUACUAUGAAGUACUUUUACAUUAGUAGGAGUUUUGGAACGAGAACCUUCAAGGUUCUCAUUCCAAACGCGAUACCACAAAGCAGAAGUAUAAGAAUAAUCAGCAAAUGUACCAAAAGUAUCCUGUAUGUGGAGUAAUAUAUUAACGAUUAACGUAACUAGAUAUUGAUGAUUUGAUUCAUAAAAUGAAUGAGUCAAAGUAUAAUAUUUUGCCCUUAGAUGUCGAGUUAAAGUAUAAAGUAGCAGAAAAUGAGGAUGAUUAAGUACAAGUACCCCAACUUGUACUUGAGUAAGGUACUAGUUAAUGCAAUUUAUUACUUUCCACAGAAGUAUGUGGAUGUAUAAACAUGAUUUCUCAUAUUUUAAAUGUAAAUGUUUUACAACAUGUUUGUAGUUCUAUUUUGAAGUGCUUAAAAAGAAGUUACUCUGAACAUCACAAACAGACAUUAAAUAUUACUCUGCGUGAUACACUUAAACUGCUGUUACUUUGAGAAAGUAUUUCUACACUGUGUACUUUUACUUGAUAAGUAAAAGGUGUGAGUUGUGAAGAGCGAUGUAUAUUCCAGCAGCGCCCCCUGUGGUGGAGUAUAAAGGCGCUUACUUAGGAGCAUUAGAAACGACACAACAAGCAGCAAGUGACUUUUAUUCUGAAAAUCUUUUCUCCAGUGUUCCGAUACUCAAUCAGCUGAUCAGUGAACUUCAUCAAUUUCAUCCCACACUCUUCUUCCUCAGCCUCCCGGACGCCUCCUCUUCCUCCCCGGCUGAUGAAGCUCAGUCUUCGGCCUCCUUGCCCGAAUCCUCCCCCGCCGACCCCUCACACCGGGCCUUCCUCCUCCCCAGCCCGGCCUCCUCUUCCUCCUCCUCGUCCUCCUACAGCCCCCUCCGUGGAGCGCCGGAGCCCAACUCCCCGACCGGAUCUACUUCUAGCGGAGGAAGCGUCGGCGGCAGCGCCGCGGCCUCGCUGGGCUUUUCCCCCGAUUCCUUUUCAGCCCAGGUGGACUCCAUCCUGAGGGGCGACUACCUGACGCCCAUGGGUGCCGCGGGGCCCAGGAGGCUGUGCCUGGUGUGCGGGGACUUCGCCUCCGGGUAUCACUACGGCGUGGCGUCCUGCGAGGCCUGCAAGGCCUUCUUCAAGAGGACCAUACAGGGCAACAUCGACUACAGCUGCCCCCUGGUGAGCCAGUGUGAGAUCACCAAGCGGCGGAGGAAAGCCUGUCAGGCCUGUCGCUUCCACAAAUGUCUCCAAGCCGGGAUGCUGAGGGAGGGAGUGCGCAUGGACCGAGUGAGAGGAGGUCGACAGAAGUACAAGCGGCGGCUGGAGGCGGGGCCUGGUUUUUACGCUAAAGCUCCGUACGGCGUCGCCGUCGGCAGCAGAAACAAGAUAGUCUCCCAGUUGCUGCUGACAGAGCCCGCCCCCCUGGACGCCAAUCAGGACGACUCCACCGACGACGGCAGCCUGCGGAACCUUCUGACUCUGUGUGACCUCCUGAACCGGGAGCUGCUGGUUCUGAUUGGCUGGGCCAAGCAGAUCCCAGGGUUCUCUGGGCUCUCAUUGGUCGACCAGAUGGCGCUGCUGCAGAGCGGUUGGAUGGAGGCCCUGCUGGUGGGCGUGGCCUGGCGGUCGCAGGAGGCAAAGGGGAGGGAACUCGUGUUCGCCAGGAACCUGCGGCUGGACGAGGCCCAGUGUCGAGCCGCAGGAUUGGCCGACCUGCACGACGCGCUGCGUCACCUGACCGAUAAAUACCGGGCGGUGCACCUGAGCGCCGAGGAGGCGGUGACGCUGAAGGCCGUGGCGCUCGCCAACUCUGACGCGGACCCGGUGGACUGCCCCGACUCGGUGCAGAGGUUCCAGGACGGGCUCCACGAGGCGCUGCAGGACCACGCGGCGUCCCGCGCCGAGCCGCAGCGGGCCGGCCGGCUGCUCAUGAGCCUCCCGCUGCUGCGGCAGACGGCCGGCCGCGCCGUGGAGGCCUUCCUGCGGCUGCACCGCCGCCGCGUCCCGCUGCACAAACUGCUGCUGGAGAUGCUGGACGCCAAGGCCUGAACGACGUCAUCUCAACGUCAUCGGACUCACCGGGUGAACUCUGACCUGAGAAUUAAUGGACUUCAUCAUCAUCGUCUGGACCUGCGCAGAUUUUUAUAACGUUUAGUUUUUCAUUCUAUUUUUGUAAAAUGAAAGCAUUAUUUUUUACAAUGGGAGCUUUUCCCGUUGCGUUUGUGUGAGCGGGUUCACGUGGAAGGUGAGCGGGUUGCCGUAGCAGCUAGAAAGCAGGAUCCACGAAGACCAUGGUGUUUUAUUUUGUGUGUUUUUAACAAAGCGGAUCAAUGAUUAGCUGCUGAUUAGUUUUUUUAAUCAGCUUUUAACUGACUUGUAGAUUGAAUGCUUUUGGAAUAAAACAUUAUUUUCAAAUUA